UGACUUCGAAAGUUCGGAGCGUUUGCACGUAUCAUCGUGAGAGUCGUACGUUCGAUUUUUGUACCUCAAACACAUUCCAUCACCUAUUUUUUCCACCCAAAAAAAAGUUGUGUGACAUCCAGAGUGAAGUUUUAUUUUUUCAAAUCUUUUCUGGAUCUUUAAAACGACAAGAGAUAGAAGGACUUUUUAUUGCCACACAGUGGACAAUUGUGCAAGGACGAACGUGUCACAGGGUUAAGAAAAAAAAAAAACAUUUAAAGAAAAUCAAGUCAAUCUAAAAUCUAAAACAUUCCCAUGAUCUCUACCGCGAAUCGGUAAAAUCGGUGACAAAAAUCAAUGCUAAAAAAUUCAAGAAAUUAGUUACUGUGUCUUGUGCAAAUAUAUACAUAAUUGAAUUGUAGAAUCACUAAGAUUCUAAAUACCUAGAGAGAAGAAGUUCUAAUAAAGUGAUGUAGUGUCUAGUUCCUAGUUAACAAACGGAGAGAUACCCACAACAAAUUAGAUGCAGAGUAACAAGAGAAAAACAUAAAUAAAUAAUUAGGAAAACAUAUUGAAAUAUUCAUUGUGAAUCCAGGAGGAAUAAGGAUCCAACUACAAUUUCGAAGGAUAUAACAUCGCGCGCGCGUUCUUCAUCGAACAUUGACAAAUCAAAUCACAUCAGUCAGAGGAAGGAAAAGAAAAGAUUAAAUUAACAAAUCCAAAGAUCAUCCAGCCAGUGAGAAAUAUAGAAAAAAACAGCUAAGACAGGGCUACUAAAACCAGAAAGGAAAGGAAGAAAAAAGAAGUGGAAUUGAGCAUUUGUCAUGGUUGCCCACUAAUUGACAUUCUGAUUUCAACGCACUUUGACCUGAGAGAUCAAUUUUCAAUUUAUACGGUUGCAUCGUCGCUCAUAGAACUUUCUGUUUGUUUCCAUUUAGUUCAGUGUACCUGUAUGUGUGUGUGUUCUUUUCUUUUUUUGCGUUUGGGACAACGAAAAACAGUCACAUUACUUUUCGUUUUUUUUAAACAAUGAUUAACUUUUUUCACAUUUCGUGCUAUCGCAAGGAGGAAAUGUGAACUCAUUUGAAUUUGUAAUGAAUUGAAGGCAAAUAAUUUGCAUCUCACACACUGUGGCAAUAUUGUGGAACACUGGCAGGCCAGCUCGCGUAUACCUGCAACGGGUGUGCAUGACAAGGAGUUGACCAGGCAGAGGUAGGAGACGAAAGAAGUGGAACAUGCGAAGGUAUUCCUGCACCCUUUUGCUGUGACUGGACCAACCGAAUUGUGCUACACGACGAUCGGGUGAUCCAGUUUCGUGACAACAAUAGAAGGGAUAAGAAGUUUGAGGAAUAACCACCAUUUCCUUGUGGAACAUACAGCAGUUCCAAGAAGAAAAAAGGAAAAUUAUAUAUAGAGGAAGGGUGCUCUGCUCAACUAUCCGUGCUGCUGUUUGUAAUUUAUUGUGAGAGCUCUCAUUGGCCAUUGGGAAAAAACUAUCUGGACCACAUCAUCGCAAAAAAGAGUGAAUUUGAUUUUUUGUUGUUACUGAGUGACGUGCUAAAAAAUACCCACACGGUGGUCAGUUGAUAUGACAUAAGGGGGUGUUUGAAAAUUUCAUCAAAAGGUGAACAAUCAGAAACCUGAGCCCCAACUUGGAGCCCUACCCCGCCAGCGUGGAGGGGCUAAAUAGCCCUAGAGCGGUGGGGAUGGCCGCCGCUACGUACAUGACGACAUCAACCGGCGAUUUAGAUAUGGCUCUCGGGGGUGGCUAUCAUACAUCCUCACCGCGAAGUGCCACAGAUGCCGGUGAGAUGAAGUACAUGCAGCAUCAUCAUCAUCACCAUCAUCAGGUGCCGUCCAGUCCAAGUCCAAAUACGGGGGGUUUGGGUGCUGUGACAACGGGAUUAGGGGGAGUUGGUGGAAAUCCAUGGGCUGCAUUGCAUCCAAGUGACCCAUGGGCACUACAGUCGCAUCAUUCACACCACCAUCCUGCCGAUGUGAAGCAGGAAAUGCACCUGUCGCAACAGUCACGGGCACAGCAAGGUAUGGCCUCCCCGCACGCCUGGCAUGCCCCAGUUCAUGCGUCAGCUCACUAUGCCCCAACGGGGGGUUCACCCCUGCAAUACCAUCAUGCUGCGAUGAAUGGUAUGCUCCAUCAUCCGGCUCACCCGCACCACCAGGGCAGUGCUCCGCUUCAUCAUGCCCUGCGUGGCGGCGACUCACCUCAGCUGCACCUGCACCCGCAUCACCUCCAGGGCGAUCGUGACGUGAGCGCCGGCGAGGAAGACACCCCCACGUCGGAUGAUCUCGAAGCAUUUGCCAAGCAAUUCAAGCAGCGACGAAUAAAGUUGGGCUUCACGCAGGCGGACGUCGGGCUCGCCCUGGGCACCCUGUAUGGUAAUGUGUUUUCGCAGACAACGAUAUGUCGCUUCGAGGCUCUACAGCUGAGCUUCAAGAACAUGUGCAAACUGAAGCCACUGUUGCAAAAGUGGCUGGAAGAGGCUGACUCCACCACGGGGUCACCAACGAGUAUCGAUAAAAUUGCAGCACAGGGACGGAAGCGGAAAAAGCGAACAAGCAUUGAGGUGUCGGUGAAGGGGGCGCUGGAGCAGCAUUUUCACAAGCAACCGAAGCCGUCGGCGCAGGAAAUUACCUCACUAGCGGAUUCGCUGCAGCUUGAAAAGGAGGUGGUGCGGGUGUGGUUUUGCAAUAGGAGGCAAAAGGAGAAGAGGAUGACGCCUCCCAAUACGUUAGGGAAUGAAAUGAUGGAUGGCAUGCCGCCGGGACAUAUGCACGGUGGCCAUGGUGGCUACCAUCCGCAUCACGAUGUUCACGGGAGCCCCAUGGGAACGCAUAGUCACAGCCACAGCCCACCGAUGCUAAGUCCACAGAAUAUGCAGAAUGCAGGCGGUCACCAGCUUGCGGCUCACUAGCAAUCCGAGAACCAGGAGUCCACUCCAGGCGACUCGCCCCCGUCAACUGCGGCCGUAACCUCAACGGCAUCCCCGACACCACCACCCGUCUCAAUUGGGCCACCACCGCCGCAGAUGACAUUUAGUACCUCGCGCCAGCAUCAGAUGGCUAGCGCCGCCGUGGCGGCAAUGUACAUAGAUCACAGGUAUCCGCCGACGGCGUCAGCGCCACCACCACCUCCGCCAUCUCAUCUGUCAGGCCAGCAACCACCAACCCCGCUGCACCAUCAGCUCAUGAUGCCACCCCAGACGACCUCCACGUCGCCCACGGCGGCACAUCUAAUGGCAAAUCACCAGCAGCAACUCCUUCAUGCAGCUGCUGCUGCUGCAGCACAGCAGCAGCAUCAGCAUCAGCAACAGGAUCAGGGUGGUCAGCAGCAACAUCAGCAACAGCAGGCCCAACAGCAGCAAUAUCACGCGAGACGCCUAUUCCAGGAGUGGACCCUGCAAUUUGGCACCGCAGCCGCGGCAGCAACCGCCGCUAACGGUGUCCACCAUCGACACUUCACCAAUUUCAGCAAUUCUGGUGAAUAAUCGAUGGUUCAGUAGGUGCGAAAUCCCCCCAUAGAAAAAACCCCUCGAGAGCAACAUCUCACUGUAUGAGACCUCUUCGCAUCAUCCACACAAAGUAACUCUUUUGCGAGAUUAUGUGUGCGUGUGGUGCAAAUUAGUGGUUUAAUAGUUAUAGCAAAAAAAUCAGUGAGAUAGAAUUAUAAAAUUAAUAAUAAAUUCAUGCAUAAAUGCAUAACCUUCUCCCCCGAGAGAGAGAGAGAGAGAGCGAAAAACUAAUAGCUAAAGCAUCAGGGUGAGGACGAUCUUAUAAAAAAAAUUGAUUAAUAAGACUAUGAACCAAAUAAAACAAAUAUUUGAAAUGAUACAAAAAAACAAGUAAAACGCGCCGUCAGGUGUUUAGUACAAGUGAUAUACAUUAAAAAUACACUAUAAUUAAAUAAAUAAAAAAAAUGAAAUACUUUAAAUAAGUACAUAACAUAAUAUAUUAUUAAUUAUUGUGCGAAUGUUCUGUAUAUUUCAAAUAAUCUCUCCUUCACACAUUCACACCACCACCAUGAUAGAAGAAGAAAAAAAUGAAUAAUGUCUUGAAGAAAGAAAAAAAAAGAGAUAAAUACACGUGAAAAGGCGUUUACGAAUAGCUCUACUACACAACACAAAUUAAUUCGUUCCAAUUUAUUGACGACUUGCGAUUUCAAUGUGAGUAUCUUCUCAAUUUGAAAAACUCUCUAUAAAUUGUCUUUUUUUUUGUUUCUUGUAAACUCUACUGUGUGGAACACACAGUGCAGAAUGCGAAAAAAAUGCAGCCAUACCGACGUGAUCUUAAUUUCCACAUUUGCACUCAAUUUUUUGCGAAAUACUCGUUAAAUUCUAAUUUUGAAAGGCAUUUGAAUGACAUUUUGCACAGAAAAAAUGUCAAUAAAUUGUCAAACACUUGUCAAAUUCUUUUUUUUAAUGAAAUUAAACAAAAAAAACUUGAUAGUUGUAUUGAAAUUGACAUAAAGAGAAAUUGAGAGCUGUCACAUGACAAUUUCUUUUUUUUUUUUAAUUAACUUGUAACUAUUUCUUAAGAUAUUUUAGUAGCAAUAAUUUACAAAUAUAAUUUGGUAAUAACUUAUUUCUGUCAAAAAAAAAAAAAAACAAUAUAAAAAAUAACAUAGAAAAAUCAGGAGAAACUAAUCGUUUUAUUAUGUCUCAUCAUAAAAAAAAUCCAAAAUAUUUUUCUGAAAUGAUUUUUUUCACGGUGAAAAUGCAGAUUGAUUUUCAUGAGGAAAAUUCUCUUUUUAUGGAUUUUCUCACCAUACUCCUUCGCUGCAUGUUUGAUUCUGCGCUGUGGUUGAUGUUGUUUUUAUCCACACUACAUAUAAAAGCAAAUAUUGUGACGUGAAAAAUGACGAGCUAUCAAAAUUGAGAGUGAAAAUUGUCUCUAAAACAAGGAUUCUCUAUACAUUUUUUACGUUAGAUUCUUAUUAAAGCUCCUUCAGAGAGAAAGAGAGGAAAUAGAUAGGAUGGCGUUUGGAAUCUACUUGCCACACAGAAAAAGCCUUCCUCAAAACAUAAAAGAAAAAUAGAAAAAGAACUUUUGAGCAACGCCAUUGGUCUAAUAAGCAAUCUGUAUUAAAAAAUUGAAUCUUUGGCCUUUUAAUUUCCUACGCACAAGGAAUUUUAGUCAUUGAUCCUUUUUUUUAUUACGAAAAGAAUUCUCUGCAUCAUGAUCUCAUUUGCAAACACAGAAUAACAAUUUAGCAAAAAAAAAAACAGCAAAAAGUGGUGUCAUUCGAUGUUUCAAUAACAAAUCUUGUCAGUUUUUUAUAUCACAUUUUAAAUUGAAAAGUACCACCAUCAACUAAUUAGAGCAAUAGAGAGACACAGAAAUGAGGAGACUUGUCAGUUUAAAAUAGCGCCAGAAUUGUCAAAGAAAAAAAAAGAAAAACGUCAAAACAUCGUUAAUAAUUUAAGAAAGAAGCAAGAAAAUUAUGCAAAUUCCCAUCCGUGUGUUGCCAUUUUGUCGAGAUAUGGAAUUUUUAUGUCCCUUCCCGCAGAAGCAUUGAAAAGGGAAAAAACAGGAUUUUGAUGCAGUGAAAAUGCUCAUCUAUACAAUUUCUCUGUGGCACGCAGCAAAAAUGACACGAUGUUGACAUUUUACCUUUGGAAAAUGCGUGAAAUGUCUCUCGUAUAUAUUUCUUUUAUUUCUAUUACCUUUAUUUCAACCAUAUAGGUACGCGACGAUAGGUUUAUCCUUGCGUUUUGAGCUUAUUUCGUUAUAUCUUCCUACAACGUGUGACUUGUUUUACUUUGACAAGAACAUACAGAAAAUUCUAUGUUUUUUUUUAAAUGGCUAUUAAUAUGUACGUUGCAACGCUGCGAUGGAUUUACGAGGAAUUACUUUUUAUCCUUUACUACAUUUUUUGAAAAACUAUGCCAGUUUGCUUUGGAAAAUCUUUACCAGUCGUUAUAACCGUUACAACUUUGAUCAAUGUUCCAAGUAUAGCACGACGUAUAAGUUUAGCAUUUUGAAAUUUCAUGAAUUUGAAGAUAUAUGUAUUUAAUUAAAUAAUUUUCAUUUCAAAUUUAUUAUUAGUGCAUGAGCAAAGAAAAAAAUCAAAAUUUUAUGCAGAAAACCACAUUUUGUUGAAAUGCAAAAUAUAUUCACCGCUAAAAUAUACCGGAAUUUAUUAAAAAAAUGGGAAUUUCUCAAUUUCUUUUUUACUCUAAUGUGAAUAUAUCUGAAGUAGUAAAUUUCAUGUAGGGGAAACCACGCCUAGAGAAGACAGGGGCUGAUAAAGUCAAUCCGGGGUUUUAAAAAAGCUCAAAAUAUCAUAUUUCCUGUAUUUGAGUUUAAGAACAAUUUAUUCAUUGAGCUACAGAACUUUUCUAUUCUUGAAAUAAUUAUAUUAAACUCUCGUCCAUCUGUUGUAGCCUUUAUAACUUUUAUUUAACAUAAACUUUCUGACAACAAACAGACAGCACAUGAAAUAAAAUAUUCAAAAAUCAUAGAAAAUUCAAUGAAAAAAGGCAAGAUAAAAAAAUAAGCUCUAAACGCACGACUAAAGACAAAAGUUCUGUUUGUGAAAAUGCUCAAUUGUACAGCAAAUUGCAUUAAAAGAGAAAUGUGUGGAUUUAAUUUUCAGCAGCAUCAUGAAAAUUGUAAGAAAAAAAAAUUAGAAAAAACAAUAAAAAUAAAUGUAGUGUGUAGGUGGCACUCAAUAUACAUAAUACAAAGAAUCUCUCACGCAGUAUCCCUUUGAAAAUAUGACUUAAUUUCAAAUCAUAAAUAUCAUUUUUUUUGCAACAGACAACCAACAGAGAAAAUAAAUUAAACAUUAUGAAUUGAUGCAAAUUGUGCGAGAACACGCUGAGGGAAUGUGUUAUAAAAUAUUAAUUCUUAAUAAUAUGUCAUAUUGACAGCACGGAAAUUUCAUUUGGGCUUUUUGCAACAACAACAAAAAAGGAAGUGUUAAUAAAAUGAAAACAUAGAUGAGCGCAUAUAAAAAAAACUUUGAAAAUGGGAGAAGUUAUUUUAGCAAGAAAAAAGUGGACAUAAGUAAACCAAAGACACAGCAAUUAAUCAAUAUUAUCUAUUCAAUAAAUAAAUAAAUAUUAAAUAUUUUAUUUUUUCCCCAUGUUGAAUUUGUCACCUACUCAACUGCAAAUACAUAUAGCCAGUUUUACGUAACUACCUUUUUCUUCUUCUUUAUUUUAUUUUGUCCCCCCGCAGUGUAUAGAAAAAAAAUACGAUUCGAUGGUUAGAGACGUGAGCAGAAGAGAUGUGUAGUGAUGAAGAAUAGGAAAAAAAUGAGGAAUACACAUAAAAUUCUACAAGAAAAAAAAACAUGUGUAGCUGGAGAUGGAGAAAAACCAACAAAUUUUUCGUAUAAAUAGAAAUAUUAAAAAAAAAUUGAAUGAUAGUGUGGAAGAUGAAAUAAAUCUGUAAAUACUGUAGAGGCAAAAAAAAACUAUAAAUACACUUACAUAGAGAAUAAAAAUUAGUGAUCCAAUAUUUGAUUUAAAAAGUGCAUAUACGAAAGAAAUCCAAGAAAUAAUCAUGGAGAAAUAUGGAAGGAGGAUGUGGAAAAAACAUAGCGAAGAAACUAAGUUUUUUACCUAAUUUUAAUCAAAAGAAAAUGAGAGAAAAAAACGACGAAGGUGUAUAAAAAAUUUCAGGCGAAAAAAACAGAACUUUUGACAAUGUUCUUUCUAUAUUUUUUAUUUUAUUAUAUUUUUUCUAUUUUUGAAAAUUAUCAUUGUUGUAAUACGAGGUACAAUAAAAGAAGUAAAAAAAAACACUAUGUCGAAGAAAAGAAAAAGAAGUCGAGAGGAAAAUAAAUCUUGAUCUAUAUAUAAUUCUUAUUAUAUAUAAAACAAAAAGAAGAGAAGACAAAAAAGAUACGAUGAGAUAAACAAAAAAUUCCACUUUAAAAACACAUGAAAAAAAUUACAAUUAUUAUUAUUACUUAAUUAUUAAUUAUUAUUAUGGUACGAUGUAAAUGGAUUUAGUCGAUUUUCGAUUUAAUAAAAGAGGAGAAAAAUCAAUUUUAUUAAAAAUAUUUAUGAUGAA